CCGCCGCGCGCCCCCAUGAGCGGCGCGGGGGGCCUGGCGUGGCGCGCGCUGCACGCCCUGCUGCGCGCCCUGCUCUGCCUGCAGCGCGCCCUGCUCGCCGCGCCGCGCGCCGCCGCCGCCGUCAUCGCCGCCUCCUGCGCCCUGCUCGCCCCCGCCGCGCUGGCCCUGCGGCCGGCCGGCACCGCGCCGCGACGGGAAUGCGGCGGGGGGGGCAGGAGGAGGAUGAGGCCCCGCGGAGCGGCACUGGGCCGGCAGCGCUGGCGGCUCGACGGGAAGGCGCUGCGCAAGCUGCCGGUGCACGUGGGGCUGGUGGUGACCGAGGAGGAGCCGAGCUACGCGGACAUGGCCAGCCUGGUGGUGUGGUGCAUGGCGGUGGGCAUCUCCUACGUCAGUGUCUACGACCAUAACGGUAUUUUCAAGAGGAAUAAUUCAAGACUGAUGGAUGAAAUUUUAAAACAGCAGCAGGAACUCUUAGGAAUAGAUUGUUCUAAAUACACCAUGGAAUUUGCAAAUCAAGACAUAGCUGAUCAAGUUUUAAAUUGCCAAUCUACAUUGAAGGUGCUGUCUCCAGAAGAUGGAAAAGCAGACAUAAUAAAAGCUGCUCAGAACUUUUGUCAGUUGGUAGCACAGCAGCAAAGAACGUAUACAGACCUGGACGUGAAUGAGUUAGACAACUUGUUAAGUAGUACAAAUGGAUUUCCAGAUCCUGAUUUAGUCUUGAAGUUUGGUCCUGUGGACAGCACAUUAGGGUUUCUUCCAUGGCACAUCAGACUGACAGAGAUCAUUUCUUUGCCUUCCCACCAGAACAUCAGCUAUGAAGACUUUUUCUCUGCCCUCCAUCGCUAUGCAGCCUGUGAGCAACGCUGGGGAAAGUGACUUUUGGCUGAGCACACUGAGUCGUGCUUUCCACAGAAAGGGAUUGAUGUCUGUUUACAAGCACCUGUGACCCAUAAGUCUGGUUCAUAGUCCUUUCUUAAUUUAUCAACAAAUUCAAUAAAGUGUCUUACCUUUCUAAAGAGUCUGUGUGAAUGCGUGAGAAUAUGUGGGGAAGGGGAGAUUCAUAGGUUUGCUUGAUUAAAAACAACAGUUACUGCAAGCAAAGCUGUUCAAAGCUGAUUUAACCUCACUUUCAUGUCCUAGCGACCAAAAGAGCAUGCCAGAAUUUGGUCGUGUCAAAUUCAGAGGACAGUAUAAACUAGAAUUCUGUCUCUGGACAUCCUUAAAUCUGAGGAAGACCUCUCAUGUGCAUCAGCUUUAUAUUUUUUUAAUUAUUCGUGGUCAGGAUUUCGGAACUUAACCACCUGGUUUACUAUGCAUUUACUAUGUAAUAUGUGAAUUCCAGAGGUCAAUAUUGGUUCUGUUAAUUAUAUGAAUAGGCUGCUAUUUAGCUGUCAGGGCUAAGCCAGCAGUAGGUAUCAAGCUCUAGAAAUACGGAAGAAGUUCCAUAAGAAAAAGAAUGUCACUUCUGUGGUAAGUGGAUUAAGCAGUCUGCUUAUUGAUACCCAUCCUGUGCUUUUUUUUUUUUUUUUUGAGAUAAAUGCAUAGUAUUCCUACAGCCUUGAGUGAAGCUUCUCCUACCAUCAGGUCAGUCUUCCUUGGGCAUAAACAGUACUAUGUAUUGUUUAUAUAUCUGUUUCCACAUAAAAUUCUAGCCUAAGGUGACAAACUAGCUAAGGCUCCGGUAUCACUUGCUGAAAAAUCUGAAAAUGUGCUGGUCCACUACCGUGGCUGAUGCCACUUGCUUAUUGUGCUUGUGUACCCAGCAGGGGAGUCUGCUUAAGCUUUUUAUUAGGUUUGUCCUGACCUGUGCAUUAGAAGCUCAGACAGAAGUCUGCAGCAGACAAGAAAUAAGGUCAAAUGAAGCUGCUCUACACUAUCUCAACUGAGAUAACUUAAAUAGCAACACUAGCUAGAGUCUUCAUCGUGGAAUGUCCUAUUCUAGUUGUGCUCCUAGUAUUGAGAGUAAUCUGAAAUUAAGUCUUCAUAGCAGCAUUUGAACAGAGCAAUAUCUUCAGAGCUGUAUUACUGGAGAUGAACAUUAAUAUUUCAGCCUUCUGCCCUGCAGGCUGUGGAACUGUGAUGCUUCAUUCUGGAAGUGUGUGGGCGCUUUUCCCCUCUACAAAAUGAGCCUGGCUUUAUCUCCUUCAGGAUAGGUAUGUCGCUAGAAGGGAAACCCUCCCCUUUUCAAAGGGAGUUGUGAGAUUUUAAAUGAAUGUUUGCUUCUUUGUGAAACAGUAUUUUAACUGUUGUAGCUUGAUUUUAAAAAAAAUGUUAAAAGACUGCAUAAAGUUAGCUGUGUUUUUUGUCAUACUAAGAUCAGAUUGCACUUACAAGAGUUCUAUUUUGUCUCAUGAAGGAAAUAGGGAUGUUUAAUCACCUAACACUUGGACAUCAAAUAACAUUCCCUGUGAGCUGGAAUGCCCUUUGCAGGUCUCCAAUGUUCACCAUUACUGUACCGCAGAGCAGAUGAGCAAUCAUGCAACGUUUCCUAGGUUUUGUCAUUACCACAGGAAAGUGUUCUCACUGAAUGUUAAACUUACUUUGUUUUGUGGUGAAUGGUGAGCCUGUUUGAGGGGAAUCUUGAAUAUUAAAGUUUAAUGGCGUUAUGAAUUUGAUUUUAUCAAAAUGUAAGGUGGUGUAUAAAUUACCAUAUAUACUUCUAACUCUGUCACUAAAGCAGUUCUGGUGCUGGCAGUAAAGAUAUCAAAUGGGAAAAGCUUACUUUAGUUCUCAAAAGUAAUCUAUUUUUUAUAUUUGCAUCAAACUGCCAAAGAAUACUUAAUACCUGAGCUGCCACUGGUUCUCAGACUCCUGCGUAUCUCAACUGAAAAGACGUGUUUUAUAUCGUAGUCAGAUCUCAUGGUCUAGGAUAUGUCUACAGAGGGAUGUUUAAUGAAACUAAAAAUGAUUAGUUCAGCUGCAUUUGAUUCAAGUUCAUCAAAUCUCUUCUGAUGGCUACUUUAAUUGUAAGUGUUCCUCAUGGAAUUAAUGUAGUUGAACUAAUCCAUGUUAUCACUGAGUUGGGAUCAUUUUUACUGUCCCUGUGUGGGCAAUCUUUAGUGAGCUGUGCCAAAUGCACUGUGCAUAUCCACAACUUGAUCUCUGAAUGUAUGUCGCUGCAGUGAGCACCUCUCCCCAGCUUGCUCCGUGUGAAGGUCUGUGGUCCAGCUGUGGUGUCUGUAUGGCUGUAGUCUCCGGGUACUUGUACAUACUGUGUAAAACUAGUUUUUAUGAUUAGGGAAUCAAUUUAUUGAAUUUUAUUAUUGAAAGUUAAAUCUGAAUCUGUAAAACAAAAAAAUCAAUAAAAGACUAUAAUCUUUCUACA